AUGUGUAUGGACUACUUAACAAGGAUACUCUCUUAUAUCAGUGAACUGGAUGAGUAUAAGUUUUUCACUGUGUGUAGAAGCUUGAAGCUUAAUCAUUUGAGCUUUGCAGAUGAUUUAUUAAUGUUUUGUAAAGGGGAAGCAAAAUCAGCUUAUCUUCUUUUGCAAGGACUCAAGCUCUUUUCUGAAACAACAUGCUUGCAAGCUAAUAGACAGAAGUCUGCCAUAUAUUGCACUGCUAUGGAGGCAAGUGAGAUUGAAAGGAUUGAACAGUUCUCAGGUUUUAAGAGAGAGCAGCUUCCUUUUAGGUAUCUUGGGGUACCUAUCAGCCCUAAAAAGCUAAAUGUUGUUGAUUGUGAUCUUCUGGUUGAAAAAAUGACAAGGAACAUCAAAUGGGAAGAUCUCUGCAGAAGUAAGAAAGCAGGGGGUGUAGGCUUCAGAAACAUAACCAUCUGGAACAAGGCUGCUGUUGCAAAGCUAGUGUGGCACAUAGGAUGCCAGAAAGAUGAUUUAUGGGUGAAAUGGGUACAUAGUUUCUAUGUGAAGGGGAGAAAUUGGUGGGAUUUCCCAGCUCCACCAGGUGCAAGUUGGGUUCUAAAGUACCUUUGUAAGGUUAAAAAUGACCUCCAUCAGCUGGACAUGGCCAAUUGGAGCAUGAUGAAUCAGGUCUACUCCAUCAAGAAGGUGUACACUGAUAUGAGAGAGAGCAUUAGGGAAGUCACUUGGGCAUCAGGUGUCUGGAAUAGGAUGAACCUCCCUAAACACAAAUUUAUAUUAUGGUUAGGAAUUCAAGGCAGGCUGAAAACAAAAGAUACACUAUUCUUACAUGGCAUUAGUCCAGAUAAUACAUGCUGUAUAUGUGGAAAUGCAGGGGAAACACAUGAUCACUUGUUUUUUGGGUGUGAGUUUAGCAAACAGAUUCUUUAUGCACGUCUGGAUUGGACUGGUAUACCUUGUAGGCCAAGACAUUACAGCAAUGGGUAG